UACUUAGUUAACAGAAAGUUCAGUCCUUGACGUGACAAAGUGACAGUAACAAGUGCUGAAAUCAUGGAAAUUAAGUUAGUUAUUUUAUCGCUGGCUUGCCUGUCAUGCCUGGUGCCACCAGCUUACUCCACAGCCCUCACAGCCAAGCUCGCAGCAGCUGGGGCUGCCAAGGGGGCUGCCUUACUGGGUGCUGGAAUUCUGGCUAAAGGAGCGGUUCUUAAAGGCGCCUUACUUGCGGCGUUGGCUGCUAAAGGUGCUCUGAUCGGCGGCGCGGCACUCCUGGGAGCCAAGGCGCUGAAAUUGGGCGCCGCUUUGAAGAGCGCAGUUUUGAAACCACUGCUGCUGCCAUCUCCCGUGGUGGUUGAGAAACCUGUGCUCGUUGAGAAGCCAAUAGUCGUGGAGAAACCUGUGCUGGUCGAGAAACCAUUUGUCGUGGAAAAACCUGUGUUUGUGCACAAACCUCUUGUCUUCAAACCUUGGCCUUAUCAGGUUCCCAAGCCGUCCGUCGUGAUAAGCCCUCCGAGCCCGUCUAAGAUCGUGGACAGGCUGAGUAACCUGAUCAGCGUGAGCACCAACGCUGUGGCCAAAAAGACGGAGGCAGUUGGAGAACUGCUUGCCUCAUUGCUGCCAAGCAAGGCUGAAGUUAGCCCGCCUAGACCAGUAGUCUACCAACUAGUGUCGCCUCCCAAAUUCUACCCCGCACCUAAAUUCUAUCCUGUGCCAGUAUUCGAAAAGAUAGUUAAAAAGAAGUAAUUAUUAAUUCAAUUAUUGUUUCCG